AACUCAUCAUCUUCAUCCUCAUUCAUAUGAACCCUUGAUUUCCUGGCUUUAAUCUGUUAAUGAAUCUUUCAAGAAAAAAAAGCAAUCCAUCCCACCAUCAAAGGUAAACUUCCGAUCGAGAGUUUAUGAAUCUUUUUCGUUAUAAUUCAUCGUCCGUACAGUUUCAUCUCUUUGAAAGAUUCCCAAUUUGAAAUCCGAGUGAAUUUAGGGUUUUUUCUUGUAGAAUUUGGUAAACCCACAAGCUGUAUAUGAAGAAAACAAACCAGUGUUUCCGACUGAGAAUUUAUGAAUCUUUUUCGUUGUAAUUCAUCGUUCCUACAAUUUCAUCUAUUUGAGAGUUUCCCAAUUUGAAAUCCGAGUGAAUUUAGGGGUUUUUUUUUUCUUGUUGAAUUGCGUAAACCCAGAAUUGAAAUUGGAUAUUUCUAGCUGUAUAUGAAGAAAAUUUACCUGUUUCGUAAUUGGGGAAGAUGAAAUUAGGGUCUUGAUUGAGGUUUCUUGUUUGUUGAUUUAGAAAGAUUGGUUUUCACGUUAGGCUUUUUGAUAAUGGUGGUUGGGAUUAGGGAGGAAUCGUCUGAUUCUGGGUCUAGAGAUUUAAUGACCCAAUUGGUUAUGAUGGGUUGUUCUUUUGGGGGAAGUCGGUCAAGGAAUACGAGCCCGAUGGCUCGAGCCAUAGGAUCAAGAAACAUUAGCCCAUCUAGACAGAAGACAGUCAAGACUAAACCAAGGGGUUUAGAUGAAGAAAUGAUUGCUAAAUUUCCCAAAACUCCUCACCCAGAUGUUCGAAUGGAAGACGAUAUCUGGGCUAUGUUACCCGAAGAUUUACUGAAUGAAAUCCUGGCUCGGGUUCCACCUUUCAUGAUCUUUCGCCUUCGAUCCGUUUGCAAAAGAUGGAAUUCGAUCUUACAAGAUAACGGGUUUCUUAAGUUCCAUUCUCAAGUUCCAUCCCAUGGGCCAUGCCUUUUAACAUUUUGCAAGAAUUCACAAUCUCAGACACCAAAUUGUUCGGUUUUCAGCUUGCCAUUGAAACAAUGGUACAGAAUUCCGUUCACAUUCCUGCCCCAAUGGGCGUUCUGGAUCGUUGGAUCAUCCGGCGGGCUUGUUUGCUUUUCGGGUCUUGAUGGGUUAACUUUUCGAACCUUGGUCUGUAAUCCCUUGACACAAAAAUGGAGAAUCCUACCAAAAAUGCAUAACAAUCAGCAACGACAGUUGAGCAUGGUUGUUUACAGAAAGCAAAGAUCUUUCAAGAUUAUUGCUGCAAACGAUCUUUAUGGUGACAAAUCUUUGCCUACCGAAGUUUUCGACUCAAACCUUGGCAGAUGGUCCUUGCACCAGAAAAUGCCGGCGGUUAACUUUUGCUCAUCAAAGAUGGCAUUUUGUGAUUCAAGAUUGUAUCUUGAAACACUUUCGCCUCUUGGGUUAAUGAUGUACCAGGUUGACUCAGGGUAUUGGGAACAUAUACCUGCAAAGUUCCCACGAUCUUUAUUAGACGGGUAUUUGGUUGCGGGCACCCAAAAGCGUUUGUUUUUGGUCGGACGAGUCGGGCUUUACAGUACGCUUCAAAGUAUGAGGAUUUGGGAGUUGGAUCAUUCAAAACCAAUGUGGGUUGAAGUAACAAGAAUGCCACCAAGAUUCUUUAGAGCUCUUUUGAGGUUAUCUGCAGAGCGAUUCGAGUGUUUUGGGCAGGAUAAUUUGAUUCUUUUUACGUCGUGGAAUCAAGGGAAAGGUCUUCUUUAUGAUGUCGAUAAAAAGCAAUGGUCUUGGAUUGCUGGUUGUGGUCUUCGGUUGCAUAACAGUCAAGUGUGUUUCUAUGAGCCAAGAUUCGAUGCUUCAAUCUACUGAAGAAACGGGCAAAGAUCAAUGUGGGCUCAAGCCUCUUUAUGAUCGGUUUCUCGACAAGGAGAUAGACCGCAUGCACAACUGUAAGAAAUUUUAGUUUCUUAUAUUGAAACUCUUGUAUACUUCUUGAAAAUUGGUUAUACUUGCAAGAUUUCUCAAGAUUGUUAGUCGUUUUGUA